GGCUCCGCCCGUUCCGUCUCGGUUUCUUUAAGGCCCCUGAGGCGCGGUGGCGGCGGCGUUGGUGGUGAAGGGGGCUGGGGGGCGUCUGGGUAUGGGCGUGCUCGGGCAUGGGGUGCUCUCUGGGUUUGAGCUGUCCUCUGGGAGGUGGCUGUGGCGCUCAGCUUAGGGCCCAAUGUUUGUGGGAUAGGGCUUCCCCCUCAGCUGUGCUGGUAGGGAGGUUGCUGAGGCUGGGCCUGGUGCGGAGGGCCGUGGAGACCCGGGGGGUUGGGGGGGCGGGGGGCAGGCUCCCAAUCUGUUUGAACUUCCUUCUUUAUCCUCUUCUUUCGUGUGAGAUGUGCCUAGCCUAGCUGUCUGGCUCCUCUCUUCCUGGUAGCUCCCUUGUGCUUUGUAGGUGUUACUUAUUUUGUACACGUUUGCAUCUCCCUGGCUGGUCGCUGUGGUUGGUGGUGGUUAUUCCUGCUUUGCAGAAGGAGGGCCACUCCUGCUGACUCCCUCCUCCAGCCCUGUGGGUCAUACAGCUGAAUCAGGGAUGGUAAAAGUAGCCCUGAGCGGUGCUGCUUGAAGCGUUUCAUCCUAUGGAUGUGUCUCUGUAUCCCUAAACUUUUGAUUUGAUGUGUUGUGACAUAAAAGCAAGUGUUAUUUAGUCUUACAAAAUGGAUAGAUGGAGGAUUCAACAGGUGUCAGUUGUGCUUAAUAGUAUGUGGGUGGGUGGGAGAGAAAAAGGUCAGUAGUCUUAAUCAGUCUUAAUAUUGGUUCAAGUCUUCUAAUGUUUAGUUAUCUAUUUUGCCUGUGAUUCUUGCAGGAGUGGUAUAGAAAGGUCUCCCUAAUCAAACAAAACAAAUAAGGCACUGGAUGACCAUAACUAAACAAUGUCUGUACCACGUGGAGCUGUUCAUGCAAAAUGGAUAGUAGGGAAAGUAAUAGGAACCAAAAUGCAGAAAACUGCUAAAGUGAGAGUGACGAGGCUUGUGCUAGAUCCAUACUUACUAAAGUUCUUUAACAAACGAAAAACCUAUUUUGCCCAUGAUCCGUUGCAGCAGUGUGUUGUUGGAGACAUUGUUCUUCUGAAAGCUUUGCCUGAGCGAAGGAGCAAACAUGUGAAACAUGAACUUGCUGAAAUUGUUUUCAAGGUUGGAAAUGUCAUAGAUCCAAUAACAGGAAGGCCCUGCGCGGGAACCAGAUUCCUUGAAAAUCUGUCGGACUCGGAAAAUCUGACAGAGGCAGAUGCUACCUACCUAAGUGAAAAACUUCAGGAACUUAAAGUUUGUUCAACAGACAAAUAGAGAAAAUAUUUAAGCAGAGGGUUUUUCAGCUUGUCUCUGUCAGGGAUGUUUGGGGCCCUGCUGUUGUAUGUUAAAUGUUUCAGUGAAAUCUGUUGUCAAAAUAAAUAGUAAACAUAGUUGCUUAUAAGAACAGAUGUUACAGAUGGAUAGCACCUCAAAUCUUUAAAUGAAAAUACAGAGAAAAUUAGUUUAGUGUUAACACUUCAUUUUGUUGCAUGUAGUUUUGCCCCAAGCUUUGACAGUUUCAAAAGCCAGCUGCUCACUUGGGAUAACUUCGGUAUUGAGAAAGACAAGAAUAUAACUGUAUAAUGCUUAGGCUUGGUGGGAGGGUCAUUAUAUUAUUUGAUUGUUCUGUAUUUCAGACAGUCUUUUGUGGUUUGUAGUAUUACUUCAGAUAAUGCUAUUAAACCUUUUGAAAGGAAGUGUGUAGCAUUUUAAAACCAUCUACCUGCAUGUGUCCUUAUUUCCUCUUACAGUUGCUCAUACCACAUUGCAUUAUCUUCUAACUUCCAAAAUCUCUAACAAAAACAAAGCCACUUGCCUUUAUAAUGGGAGUAAGGUGAGAAUAAAAAAAUCUGGGUAGCUUAGCAUGGUUGUCUUUAACCUGUCCAAAGGAAGUAUUUAGUUCUCAGAGAUGGAUCUCUUUGAACUGCUAGCAGGAAAUAAAACCUGAUGAGAAUAGAGCCAAAAAAAUUAGAAGUAAAGAUGGUUAGAUUUGGUCUCAUCAGAAAAGCUAAUUAAAACAGCACAUUUUGGAGGAAGUACAGGUACUGAUUUGCUGCAUGCUUUUGUAUGAAACUAGAAGGCUAUAGCAGUUAAUGAUUAAAGAUUGCUUUAUCCUGCUACAGCUCUGGGGAUCUCCUGUCCUGUCCUCCAGGACAUAAAGCAAACUAAGAGUGUGCAGCUGUUACAGCAGCCUCAUGUUGCUGACUUGUCAUUCAGAUCUAAAGGGGCAUCUGCCUCAAAAUCCAGCAUCUGUGGGGACAGCAUUCCAUGUCUCUGUAUGGAGGGGGGAGUGGUGCAUUAAAGCUGUGAGACCCAGUUUGAAGUGUCUACCUAUGGCAUGGUCUUUAAAAUGAGAAGCUAAACAAGGUGUAUCUGACCUAAAAUACCUUACUUCAAGAAACUGAGCCAGCUUACACUAGUAAACUAUCAAUUGUAUUCUCUUCCAUUGUCACUGGUGUGAAUCAUUUGCCCUUUAACUUUCUUCACCUGUAAGAAAUCAAUUUCAGCUCCUUGCAAAUGGCUGAUGAAGUCAAAUUGAGCUCAGCAAAUUAUUUGGGCCAGAAAGAAUGAAAAACUUAAGGUUUCUUCAGUGCUUCAAACCAAAAAAUACUGCUCUUUGAAUGCUAGUCCUGGAGUACUGUCCUGCAGGUCAGAUCAGUAAGCUGGGAUGUCAAGACACCUUGAUUCAAAUGUCUCUCUAAAUCAGUAAUGUGGACAUGGUCUCUGGCUUUGAGGAAGUGUCUUAAAUGUAUGGUUGUAGGUUAUACUUGUUGAUGUUUGAAGUGGUUUAGGUUUAUGUAAAUUACUUAGUAACUAUAGCUGGCUGAUUAAGGCCCUGAUCAAAGUGGAAGGAAACCUGGGCUCUGACUCCUGCUCGAAUGCAUGUAAAAUGUGAAACUUCAUCCCUAGCAGGGAUUGAAAGAAAUCAGAUGCAGGCUAGAACAUAGCCUUGGGCUGUAGGAAAUAAACUUUUAAGUUGUAUCCAAGCAGGCAGCAAAGGAAUUUGACCCUCAGUACUUGGGAUAUGAGUGUUUGAAUAACUAGAUGUAUCAUGUUUAUAAGAAAUAGAAGUUUCCUGUUUGGUUAAUGAGUUGCAUCUACAUGUGAUUAGGGAAGUAAGUAUUUCCCUGUAUUUCCUGUGAUUUUUCUUGAGUAGCUGUGAAAAUGUCAUAUUUUUUUCUAAGACUGAUUCAUCACAGAAGGUCGUCAGCUUUCUUCAGUUUACAGGUAGGCUCUCAGAGGGUUGCUCAAGAACUCAAGAUGCUGUCAGAUCAAAAUGUGAUUAAAUGUACAUAGUCUGAAAUGUAACUCGUUUUUAAAAGAAUGAUGGCAAUUGUAGCUUUAACUGGUUUUUAAAGAGGCUCCACAAACAUUGUACUUAUGUUAAAGCACAUUGGGUGUGCUAGCCGCUGGCUUGCUCUCACAGAGCACUGAUGUGAAGUCAUGAAAUGGCAAUGGAACCUCCAGAGCGGAAUGACAUAAACUUUGUAUGUGCUAUGUAGAAA